UUUACAUUUUGCAGUGCAGCAACAACAAAACAUUUUUCUCUGGUGCAAAAUUCCUUAUUUCCUAUUAGUUUAGUACGGAUUUCCCUCUAUAAUAGGUAGCUAAAAUGGAUCUAUCACGUGCCCCAAACGAAAGAAAGCUGUAUUUGUGCAAAUGGUACUUCAAAGCCGGAUUCGCGCUGCUUCCCUUCCUGUGGUCCAUCAACACGGUCUGGUUCUUCAACGAAGCGUUCCGCAAACCAGCCUACGAAGAGCAGAAGGAGAUUAAAAAAUAUGUGAUAUUCUCGCUAGUAGGAACGCUAGUCUGGGUGGUGGCCAUUAUAUCGUGGGUAGUAACGUUCCAGCUGAAGCGAACCGACUGGGGAGAGUUUGCGGACAACAUCAGCUUCAUCAUACCCUUAGGGCAGGCGUAAGGUGGACGCGCCAGCAACUAAUUUUACCGUUUUACGUGUAACACAAUGAUCAUUACAAUUAAGUAUUAACUUAUAAUAUUGGGAAGCAUCUAGCAAAUCACCUAACAAUAAUGUUUCCUAUCGAACUGAUUGGGCGUUCUUCUUCCUACUAAUAAAGCUCCCUAGAAACAA